UAGGACAAUGGAAUUGUGAAGCCACUCCAGAGCGUGAGCCGAGCAAGGAGUGGGCAUCCGAGGCAGCGCGAAAAGGGAGCAGUCAAUGCCAAACUCAAAAGCAAUAUGGAUGAAUGGCCACCUAAGUGGAAUUGAUGAUAUCGCAGUAAGAAUGCCACCGCCGCACACAUCUCGUCUUCUUUUUCUCUUUCUUUUUCUCGGCAAUCUUUGGGAAGGACUUGCUAAAUCCAUUUCGGACCAGGGAGCACUUGAGGUGCUCGUCAGAGUCCAGGUGUUUGACAACAGUGACCUUUCACCUCUGGCAGAGGCCGCAGUGGAUGUUUAUGGGAACCAGUCUACCUUGGCAUCCAGCAAGGCUGGCAAAGAUGGUGUCGUCAUGGUCACCUUCCUAUACCGCCCUGGCACCUGGGUCAUUGUCACGGCAACAAAACAGGGCUUUGUCACUAACUCCGCCCCCUGGCAUGCCAGCCGCAUCCCCUACAGCCGUGGCCCAUUCCAAUGCCCACCCAGUCAGCGUGAUGCUAGGUGACUUCGAAUGCUGGUGGAGGGGAAGAGCGGGAGUAGACGUGACACCGGUACCUCAGAGCCCCCCGGAUAACUCCCCCAGAACACCCCGGAUAACGUUCCAGGACCUCACAAUUUACAAAUUAAGCAGUGUACAUUUGUAUGCUUCAGUCAGCCUCUACUUGCUCCCCCAGCGGCCUGCGACCCUGAUCCUGUAUGAUGACAUAGUCCAGGUGCUGCUGGGAUCCCCAGGUGUCAAAAACCAGCCAUGGAUACAGCUCCAGAGGAAAGCAGUGGCUCUGGCCCUCAACUCUACCAACCCAGAGCUCUCUGCUGUGCUGACCUCUGCACAGAGUCAGUAUGAGAUAGGAGGUUUCCCCUACCCACUGGGCCUGGAGAGCAAUGCCACAGGGGCUAAUAGUAGCUGGGUGGAGCUGACAGCAGUGGCGGCAGUCAAUGCCCAGCUUUUCAGUCGUAACGGAACAGGUGUUCAGGUGUGGGACCCCGUCCAUAUCUGCAUCCCCCUGCCCUUAGACACACCCCUGCAGACAGCCACCAGUGUCCCUGUGUGGAGGUUCGACGACAAGACAGGACUCUGGGUCAGGAAAGGAACCGGAUACAUCAAGAAAGAAGGAACACAGCUGACAUGGAGUUUUGUGGCCAACCAGCUAGGAUACUGGCUGGCUGCCUUUCCCUCAACCACAGGCUCAGCUUUAAACCCCACGGGCCUGCAAGACAUCACCACCUACCACACUGUCUUCCUCUUGACGAUCCUGGGCUCCAUGGCUCUGCUGGUUCUGGUGCUGCUCUGUCUGCUGCUCUACUACUGCAGGCGGAGAUGUCUGAAACCGCGGCAACAGUACCGUCACGGCAAGAUGCAUGUCUCCUCCGGCCUGGACGGCUCCAAGAGAGAUCAAUGCACCUCCAUGUCCCACCUCAACCUCAUCAGCUCAGGCCACAUCCACAUCGACACUGCUUCCUCCACCAGGGGUGACCCAGACGCCCUCAAAUCAGACCUGUCCUCCACCCGGGAUCUCCACAGCUCCAGGGAGGAUUUCUUCCGGCACACGCCCCCAGGAAAGGCCCAGCGCCACGCCAAGGUGAACACGGACAAUAUCACCAGGCGUGGCGGUGGGGAGAGUUUUCCCAUGAAGGUGACAACACGCUCUACUAACACUAACAACUUGGAUCCUCAGCUGCUGCUCCGCAACGACACCCGCAGCUUCAGCUCAGCGGAGGAUAAUACCCAUGAUCCUCGACAUCGCCACAACCACCAAAAUCACAAUGCCAACGACAACCAGGGUUACUCCUCAGAUCCACCAUCUCCACCACCUUUACUGCCUCCCUUCGCUGGGCACUACCAGGAGUACUCUGGCCUGCCCCCAGAGUACUCAGCGUCCCAGACCGGGGACCUCCUAGCCAGGCCGAACUCUCUAAACACCCAGCCCGGCCAGCUCAUCUUCUGCCACUCCAUGGACCAGAUGAAGGAGAGCAUGUACCGGAGUGUGGUGCCCACGCUGGUCAUCCCGGCCCACUACAUGCGCCUGCCGUCGGACCUGUCGGCCGUGGAGCAGGCCCUGGAGAGGCAGCAACAGAUGCAGCAUGACAUGGAGGGAAUCCAGGUUAGCAUGACCCUUCCAAGGCAGCAGGGACAGGUACACCAGAACCAGCAGCAGAAACAACCGAACCAGCAACAACAGAAUCAUCAACAGGAGGAUGAGGAAGGGGAAGAACCAGGCCAGCAGAGGGAGGACUCAGAGGGACACUCUAACUGGGCCUCGGACCCUAACGCGGCUCCAGUCCGCAUCCCGGUCCUGUUCAACGACAACACCAUAUCUCAGAUGAACGGAGAGCUGCAGGCGCUGACAGAGAAGAAGCUUCUUGAGCUGGGGGUGAAGCCGCACCCCCGGGCCUGGUUCGUCCCCCUGGACGGUUGCUCCAAUUCCCUGGUUCGUCACUCCUACAUCGAGCUUGGGGGAGAAUCUCUCAGCAUCCCUGGAGGAGGGGGAGGUGGAGGAGCCACUGGGAGUCAUCAUGACAACAGGGUAGACGUCGCUCGUGAAGCCAACAUAAAGCAGCGAAAGGGAAAGGAGGAGAGGAAGGCCAAGGAAGCAAAAGAGGCUGCAGCGGCAGCUGAGAGGAAAGGUCACGCAGGGAAGACCUAUUCUAAACUCCCCUGCAUCGACACCACAGACCCCCCCAGCAGCAGCAGCGAGAGCCACGCCGCCAUGUACUCUCCAGAGGACAAUUCUCUGGCACCGCUGCUGGAUGAGGCCCCAGAGAAGACCCCCCGCGGUGGCACGUUCCCCCGGAAGGGCCGCAGCCGGGAUAGCGCCCGGAGCAGUACCACCACUACCUCCACCAGUGAGGUGACACGCAGAGACCCAGCCACCAGCCCCGAGGAUGGGGAGGAUGCCGAUGAUAAAGACGAGGAGGGGAACAAGAAGAGUCCCUGGCAGAAGCGCGAGGAGAGACCCCUCAUGGUAUGGAAGUAAGGUAGACCUAGGGCUCUCAGGGAACAUUGAGCUACAAGAGAACAGGGGGAGAAGAACCACUGUGUCAACGAAUGCCAGGAAGAAGAAAGAAGAGCAGUGAAUGUGAGAGGUCUGUCUUGGAGUACAAAGAGAAAGACCUGUGUGAAAGAGAUUAUGAAGUGAGAAAGGAAAUCAAACAAGCACAAUUGUCACAUGAAUUGUGAAAGUACCAGGUGUUUUGUAGUCCCACUUUUGCUUGUAGUCAUCACUGAGAUCAGUAGCUAUAUCUGUAUCUCUAUUUAUUUAUUUAUUUCACCUUUAUUUAACCAGGUAGGGUAGUUGAGUACAAGUUCUCAUUUGCAACUGCGACCUGGCCAAGAUAAAGCAUAGCAAUUCGACACAUACAACAACACAGAGUUACACAUGGAAUAAACAAAACAUACAGUCAAUAAUACAGUAGAACAAAAUAAAACAAAAAGUCUAUAUACAG